CUCCGCAGAGACGCAGUGGGGAAAGUAUCGGGGCCCGUUGGGUUGACCCGCAAGGGGAAUGGUGUUUAAUGUUUCCCGCCUGUUGCCUGGCAGAAAUAAGGUAGAACCAGAGCAAGCAGCGAAAUAUUUGACUGCAGCUAUUAAGAGCUAGCCUUGUUUGCUCGUGGACUCAUUGCUCCAUUCCUGUGGACUUGCUGGGAGGAAUAUGCCCAGAAAACACACCAGAAGAUUACUAUACAUGUCGGAAGCCAAGCGCAAGCGCGAGGCCCGGGCCAGAGAAACCGAGGAGCAGAGAAGUGCCAGGCGUGCUGCCGAUGCCGCAAGGAAGGCGAAAAGGCGAGCGGCCGAGACCCAGGAGGAAAGAAUUGGGAGACUUGCAGCAGAUUCGGUGAGACAUGCGAGGAGGCGAGCCAGCAAACGGCAGCAGGUGGAGAUGCUCUCCAGAAGUGCCGGCCGACCAGAGACAAGGCAGAGGAGAGGAUGCCGGAAGCCACGACCUGCAACGAGAGCAGAGGAGCGCAGCCCAUCCGGACUCGAACAAGGACUGAGGACAGAGGAAGGCAGAAUCGAUGGGCACGUUCUCCAGUCCCUCCCUGGGGCUGCCUCACCACAGAUUAAGCAGGAACCCAGUGAGGGUCCUUGGGAAGACCAGUGGCAGGACUCCCCGAUGGCAGCGCAGGCUUCUCCGCUGAGAUGGAGGCAUCCAUUGCCGAGGGAAGGCACGGAGGGCAGCGAGGCCUUUGAGAAAGGAGGCGGUGCCGGCCGGCAGCCUACGGGGUACGGGCUGACCCCAGAUGCCCGUGAAGGGCAGGGCAGCUCUGCCAAAGGAAGGGCGACAGUUUCGCAUGACAAACCAGUCAGCUUGGACUUCUGGCGCCAGCACUUCAGGUGCUUUUUUUACCAAGAGUCUGAAGGGCCGGAAGAGAUCUGCAAGCAUCUCCAGGAGCUUUGCUGCCUGUGGCUGAGGCCAGAGAGGCACACUAAGGAGCGGAUGUUGGAGUUGCUGGUUCUGGAGCAGUUCCUGGGCAACCUUCCACACGACAUGCAGAGCUGGGUAAGGAAAGGUGGCCCAGACAGCUGCUCCCAGGCAGUGGCCCUGGCAGAAGAGUUCCUCCUGAGGCACCGUGAGUCCGAGAGGCAGAGACAAACGCCACCAGUGCUGUUGGAGGAAACCUUUAGAGAGGAGUCUUCACUGGAGCAAGACCCUUCACCUACGGCGAAGAUGCAGCUCACGAAGGCGAUCGAGCAGAGCAGCUCCUUUGCAGGUGAUGGAAGAGUGAAGGAGGACGAGGAGAAGACUUUUCAGGUCACAAAACUGGAGCAAACGGACGACAGUGACACGUUACUAGAAGGGGCCACAAUAAAAACGUUCCCAGACCAGGAAGCAAAAGAUGGUUCUAGAAACCAACAGGGAACAGAUAGUCACCAUCAGCAAACCCAGUCAGGGAUAACAGGAGACAGUCUUCAUGAGGCAGACUAGCAAAUGGACUCAGUGGCACUAGUUGGACGAGCCCGUAGGUUAAUACGAAGAAGUGGACAAGUUCCACCUUUUUGUCAGGUGAGGCCACGCCUGUGCACAGCUCCCGUGGAGGUUACAUUCCUGCAGCCAUGUGAAGGAAGGGGGUCUGUUCGUUCUUUUCCCCUGGGAGACAGAAGGUGUUUCUUUUGUAAAAUAUGUCUGACUUGAACGUGGUUGGAACUGUUGGGAAUGCUCCUGAAAAAUGGCUGGUUCCACAGCAGAGUUCUACAAAACCUUUGAAGGAAUCCUGUCAAUGCCUUUUAAGGGUAUAUGUAACGCAGCAUUGCCAGAUGCUAAAAUACCAAAUACCUGGACAGAGGCAGAUAUUACAUUAAUACCGAAAGAAGACACGGACUUGACACAGAUCCAGAACUAUAGACCUAGAUCACUAUGAA